UUUUUGUCUAUGUUUCAUUUCUAUGAUAGCGAUAAUGAAUGUUAUUGAAGUAAAUAUAAACAAAACAUUUUUAAAAUAAAUUUUAUAAAGGGUAUUAUUAAAAAUUUAAUUUCAUAAAAUAACGACAUCUAAAAUAUGAGUAACAUUUACGUGCACGAACCACCUACGAACGGAAAAGUGUUGUUGCAAACGACAGUCGGUGACAUAGAAAUUGAACUAUGGUCUAAGGAGGCCCCGAAAGCCUGUCGCAAUUUUGUGCAGUUAUGCAUGGAGGGCUACUACAACAAGACAAUCUUCCACAGAGUCGUUAGGGAUUUCAUAGUUCAGGGUGGAGACCCGUUGGGUGAUGGCUCAUCACAUGGGGAGUCAAUUUAUGGAAAGCCAUUCAGUGAUGAGUUCCACUCUCGAAUUCGUUUUGUGAGGAGGGGACUGGUUGCCAUGGCGAACAAUGGACCCAAUGAUAACACCAGUCAUUUUUUCUUUACCCUUGCUGCUACCCCAGAACUCAACAAUAAGAAUACUAUCUUUGGCAGAAUCGGUGGAGAUACAAUUUACAAUGCAUUGAAACUUGUGGAUGCUGAGGUUGACAAAAAUGACAGGCCACUUUUCCCACACAAAAUCUUGAAGACUAAGGUUAUUGUCAAUCCAUUUGAUGACAUUGUGCCUAGAAUUUUGAAAAGUAAAACUGACGAUGAUGAAACUAAAAAGAAAAUUUCUAAUUCUAAAGCUACUAAAAAUUUUGGUCUGCUAACUUUUGGAGAAGAGGCUGAGAAAGAGGAAGAUGAUUUAAUGAAAAUGCCAGAAAAAAUCAACCCAAAAAGCAAGAGUAGUCACGAUUUACUGGAUGAUAAAUACCUUUCAAAGGAUAUCAGACCUAAGAAGAAUAAUGAUGAUGACUAUGUGGAAGGCGAUGUUAAAAUGAGUGACAGCAAUAAGAAGGAUGAUGACUCUGAUGAAGGAUCGAUGAAUUCUAAAAAAGUCAGACUUGAUGGGGUGAAAGAGAAGUUAAGGAGGAAGAAAAUGAAUGAUGCAGUCUCGAAAAAGAAGAACCAAAAAGAUGACGAUGACGACGAUGAUGAAGUUGAUGAUAAAAAGAGAAGAAAGAGGCAGAAAUAUGAUGAUGAAAGUGAUAAAAGUGAUGAUGCUGAUGGUAAUAAUAAAGACCUAAAAUACCCAGAGCUUGAAUAUUCAUCUAAAAAUAGAAUAAAAAAACUAAAAGAAGAAGCUAAACAGCUCAAAAAAGAGUUACUUGGAGAUUCAAAAGGUGGUGAUGAUAAAAAAUCUGAUAAGAACUCUGGCAAAGAUAACGUUAAUCAGACAUCGGUAAAAUCAUUCAAGAGGGACCUGAAAAAAUAUGAAAAUUCAAAGACUUCUCAACAACCGAAAGGUGCUGAUAGGGAAAAAACGACGCUAGAUCUGCUCUCUAGAUUUCAAGAUAAAUUAAACAGUACCAAAAGGUUGACUGCCUACGAUAGUGACGACGACGAAAAUGAUGAGGAUGCUAAUCGCGACCCUGCCGCUGAGAAAGAUGACGACUUCGCCAGCAAUAAAGAUCUUAGUUGGAUGACCCACAGACUAAAAUUCAUUGAAGAAACAAACGCGGCUACAACGGCGGCAAAAUCGACAACUGUUAAAACUACAAAAACGUCCACCAAACCAGCCAUAGAUAGCAGCUACAACAGCCACAGUAGCAACAACAAACCUUUAGCUAGUAAAGUACUUGAUGCCAACGUGGCCGACUCGGAUAGAUACGUCAUCUCCGACCCGAGAAAUCCCAUCAACGCUAGGAGGAGGAAGGAAUCUUCAAUGAAAAUGAAAAAAAGAUGAAGACUAUUAUUAUUAUUAAUGUUAUUUAUAUUUUUACUAUUCAUAUUAUUAGUAAUAUGUUUCGAUUUGUAUACUUGUUUACUGAUAGCAAGUAUCCAUGCCAAAACCGUCAAACCGUGUAAACUGCGCAAAACGAUGAGUACAACGUUAUUUCGGUUCGGUUUAACAAUAAAUUAUUUUCCAAGUCCUAAGUAGCAAA